GGCGUUCCGUUGGGAAGACGGGAAGGGGAGAAGGGUUUAUUAGGGUUUUGUGGAGCUCGACGACCGCCGCGCCGCCACCGCCGCGAUCGCCAGAGGAGAAUGGAGGAGACCCGCGCCGACGGGCGGAACGCAAACCAGCUCCGUCCAUUCUCCUGCACGCGCAACCCUCUCGACCGCGCCCAUGGCUCCGCGCGCUGGGCACAGGGCGACACCAUCGUGCUCGCCGCCGUCUACGGCCCAAAGCCGGGAACCAGGAAGGGGGAGAAUCCCGAGAAGGCCUCCAUCGAGGUGGUAUGGAAGCCCAUGACUGGCCAGAUUGGGAAGCAAGAGAAGGAGUAUGAGAUGACACUCAAGAGGACUCUGCAGAGCAUCUGCUUGCUCACUGUCCAUCCAAACACCACCACCUCUGUAAUUCUUCAGGUUGUAGGCGAUGAUGGUUCUCUUCUUCCAUGCGCAAUUAAUGCUUCCUGCGCAGCCCUUGUAUUUGCUGGGAUCCCUUUGAAACAUCUUGCGGUUGCAAUUGGUUGUGGAGUGUUGGAGGAUGGUGAAGUGAUUUUGGACACAAGUAAAUCAGAAGAACAGCAAUUGAAAUCAUUUGCUCAUUUGGUGUUCCCCAAUUCACGCAAGUCUGCUGGUUCAAAAGAAGCAAACCAGAAAGAGGAGGAUUCUGAGCGAGGAUUGAUAACUUCCAUCACGCAUGGAGUGAUGUCCGAGGAAGAUUAUUUCAGCUGCAUAGAGAGGGGUCUUGCUGCAUCCUCACGGAUCUCGGAUUUUAUGAGGACAACAUUGCAGAAGCAGGUACCUGGAGAUGUCUGAGAGGCACCAUGCAACACAAAGCGCCUCAAAUCAAGCAGUUCAGCAGUACAAGGUUGUAGCAGGUCAUGUGUUGAAGAUGAAACGUGCGUGGUGAGUUUCUCUUUUUAAUGUAUUGCACUGGCACACAAAUGUGCAAUCGUGUGGCGCAAUCUGGCGGAAACAUGAUGAUAUGCAGUGGCUUGUACGCUUAUUAGAAGAAAAUGGAGAAAACACGUUUUUACAAACGAAAAAUAAUUUAUAGGUAAAAUUUUUAUAUACU